AUGGAGUUGUUCGAUGUUUGGAGAUCUGCCGCCACCAAAUACCCUAAGGUUUCAGGAGGUAACAAUGUUAGCCUGGGAUCUCGGCCGUGGGCGGCCAUACUCGAGUUUAAUACGACACAGCCUAUUAGGGCACGGUUUAAAUGUGGCGGCACUCUGAUCACUUCGAAAUUUGUCUUGACGGCUGCGCACUGUAUCGAAGAUACCCUGGUAUCCGUCCGUCUGGGAGAACAUGAUCUUAGUAAGGACGAGGACUGCUUAAGCUUUGACGAUGAGCCAGUGUGUCUGGAUAAACCCCUGGACGUUCCAGUCGACAAGAGUUUUGUCCACGAGGGAUAUGAACGUUUUAGAGCUGUGAAAGAUAUUGCAUUAAUCCGCCUUAAAUACCCAGUCCAGUUUACCGAUUGGAUACGACCCAUAUGUCUGCCGAUAACAAAAGAUCUUCAGUUUGAGAGUCAAACCAACAUACCGAUGGAGGUUGUCGGCUGGGGCAUAACAGAAGAAGAAAAGCUCUCAGACGUCCCUAAAAAAGCUUUCAUCAAUCGGCUGAACUUAACCGAGUGCAACAUCUUUAAUCCAAUGAGCACAAAACUCUGCGCCAGUGGCUUGGGGAAAGAUAGCUGCAGUGGUGACUCCGGGGGACCACUGAACUAUCCCACUUUAUACAAUGGCAAACAGCGCUGGGUGCAGGCUGGAAUCGUGAGUUACGGAGUUCAGAAAUGUGGCGAAAAUCCGUAUGCGGUCUAUACUGAUGUGGCUGAAUAUAUGGGUUGGAUAACCGAAACCAUUGCGCAAAACACAUAG